CUUUUGAUUUCCUACACUGUCAGGCUAUAUUUUAUCUGCUCUUGUGAUUAAUAAGGAGAAGCUAGAAGAAAACAAUAUGGCUCAUAUUAGUUUUGCAUUAAAGAUUUGCCAGCUGGCACUGGGAUUGCUCAUAAAUUCAUUUCAAGCAACUUCCAUACAAAAUAAUGAAUGCCCACAAUUGUGUGUCUGUGAAAUAAGACCCUGGUUUACUCCUCAGUCAACCUACAGAGAAGCUCCAACAGUUGACUGCAAUGAUCUUCGUUUAACAAAAAUCCCCAGUAACCUUUUCACUGAUACUCAAGUCCUUCUCUUACAAAGCAACAAUAUUGCCAAGACCACAGAUGAACUCCAGCAACUUUUCAAUUUAACAGAGUUGGAUUUUUCACAAAAUAAUUUUACUAGUAUAAAAGAUGUGGGAUUAUCAAAUCUUUCUCAGUUAACCACUUUACACUUGGAGGAAAAUCAGAUCACAGAGAUGACAGAUUAUUGCCUACAAGAUCUGUGCAAUCUACAGGAACUUUAUAUCAACCAUAAUCAAAUCAGUACAAUUUCUGCAAAUGCAUUCUCAGGCUUGAAGAAUCUUCUAAGGCUUCAUCUUAAUUCCAAUAAAUUAAAAGUUAUUGAUGGUCGCUGGUUUGAUUCUACACCUAACUUGGAAAUUUUGAUGAUUGGAGAAAAUCCUGUGAUUGGAAUACUAGAUAUGAACUUCAAAUCACUAUCAAAUUUAAGAAGUCUAGUUCUGGCUGGAAUGUAUCUGACUGACAUCCCUGGAAAUGCUCUAGUAGGCUUGGAUAGUCUUGAAAGUCUCUCAUUUUAUGAUAACAGAUUGGCUAAAGUUCCUCAGCUUGCACUUGAGAAAGUCCCAAAUUUAAAAUUUUUAGAUCUUAACAAAAACCCAAUCCACAAAAUUCAAGAAGGAGAUUUCAAAAACAUGCUUCGGUUGAAAGAACUUGGGAUCAACAACAUGGGAGAGCUGGUGUCUAUUGAUAGGUAUGCACUAGACAAUCUUCCUGAACUUACAAAGCUUGAAGCAACCAAUAAUCCAAAGUUAUCUUACAUACAUCGUUUAGCAUUUCGGAAUGUACCUGCUCUGGAAAGCUUGAUGCUUAAUAAUAAUGCCUUGAAUGCGGUCUACCAAAAAACAGUGGAAUCCCUUCCAAAUUUACGGGAGAUUAGUAUUCACAGUAAUCCACUCAGAUGCGACUGUGUCAUUCACUGGAUCAACUCAAACAAGACCAAUAUUCGUUUCAUGGAACCCUUAUCAAUGUUUUGUGCUAUGCCACCAGAAUACAAAGGACAACAAGUAAAGGAGGUAUUAGUACAGGAUUCCAGUGAACAGUGUCUUCCAAUGAUUUCACAUGAUACUUUCCCAAACCAUUUGAAUUUGGACAUUGGCAUGACUGUCUUUUUGGAUUGUCGGGCUAUGGCAGAACCUGAGCCUGAGAUUUAUUGGGUUACUCCACUUGGGAAUAAAAUAACUGUGGAAACUCUUUCAGACAAAUUUAAGAUUAGUAGUGAAGGCACACUGGAAAUAUCAAAUAUCCAGAUGGAGGAUUCAGGAAGAUACACAUGUGUAGCUCAAAAUAUAGAAGGUGCAGAUACAAGAGUGGCUACUAUAAGAGUGAAUGGAACACUUCUUGAUGGUACUCAGGUGCUGAAAAUUUAUGUCAAGCAAGCAGAGUCUCAUUCCAUCCUGGUUUCUUGGAAAGCUAACUCUAAUGUUAUGACAUCUAAUUUAAAAUGGUCAUCUGCAACAAUGAAGAUUGAUAACCCACACAUUACAUACACUGCAAGGGUCCCAGUUGAUGUACAUGAAUACAAUCUUACCCAUUUGCAACCCUCCACAGAUUAUGAAGUCUGUCUCACAGUAUCUAAUAUCCAUCAGCAAACUCAAAAGUCUUGUGUAAAUGUUACUACAAAAAACGCAGCAUUUGCCCUUGAUAUUACUGACCAAGAGACAAGCACAGCCCUAGCUGUAGUCAUGGGAUCGAUGUUUGCUGUUAUUAGUCUUGCCUCUGUUUCUGUCUACGUUGCAAAAAGGUUUAAAAGGAAAAACUAUCAUCAUUCAUUGAAAAAAUAUAUGCAAAAGACCUCUUCUAUUCCUUUGAAUGAACUCUAUCCUCCACUUAUUAAUCUCUGGGAAGGUGACUGCGAAAAAGAAAAGGAAGGUUCAGCAGAAACCAAGCCAACUCAAGUGGACACAUCCAGAAGCUAUUAUAUGUGGUAACUCAGAUAAUAUUUUGCUUCUGGUAGUAAGGAGCACAAUGACUUUUUUGCUUUAUUCUGCAAAAGUGACAAGUUUGAAGACUUUUGUAUUUUCUGACUUUGCUAGUUUUGUGGCAGAGUGGUGAGGACAGGUGGAUAUUUCAAUUUUUUUUAGUAUAGCGUAUCGCAAUUGUUUUCACACAAAAAUGGCAGCUUCACCUAGCUUCCAAUUUUUUAGUUGUGCUUAAUUUAACAAAGUUGAUCUAACUAUUAAAAAAAAUUAAAGGCUAGGAUUGCCCUUUGAUUUUCAAGUCAUUUGGUCCCCUUUCUUCUGAAGCCAUCAACAGGAAGUACAGUAUCCUACAAAAUCUUAAUGAUUCCAACUUGAAAAUACAUUAAACCAGCUUUGUCAUAAUCUGGUCUAAGGACUCUUUUAAACUUGAGAUAAGAUGACAAGAUUUUGAACAAUUUUAGUUGGCUGUACUGUAAUGUUGUAUCAACUGAUUUGAA